AAACAUUACAAAGAAACACAGACAACACUCUCAAUCUCUCUCUAUAUCUCUCUCAAUCUCUCUCUAUCUCUCUCACAAACAGAAACUUUCAUGGCUUCUCAUUCGAACCCAAAACAAUACGACCCAUCAAACACAACUUACGUCCAAGCCGAUCCUUCCAAUUUCCGAGCCGUCGUCCAACGUCUGACCGGAGCUCCACCCGACCCAUUCGCUCGCAAGCUUCCAGUCACCAUACCCACCCGCUCACAUGGGAAAACCACCAUGAUUAAUGCUACGGAAACUGGGCGGCGGCUACACGAGCGCCGGCAAAGAGGAAGGAAUCUAGAGAUCAAACUCGGGUCGGGUCUUCCUCCGGCAAUGUUUAUGGUUAUGGCUUCGCCGGUUUCUCCGUUGGAUGUUAUGGGUAUGCAGUCGCCGGCGGAAGAAGAGGAGAGAUCAGCCAUUGCAGAGAGAGGGUUUUAUUUACACCCGAGUCCACUCAGUAAUACUCGGAGCUCCGAACCCGAAUUACUCACCUUGUUUCCCUUACGCUCGCCCCGAGACGACGACCCGAAUUAGACUUGAAUGCCUGGUUUGUUCUUGAUUAUGAGAAGACAUUAUUAUUAUUAACUCAAAACAACAAUGCAUAAUUAAAUGUAUUAAUUGUUCCUUGUUUGUUUCAUUUUUCUAUCUUUCUUCUUGUAGUCGCCCCCCAUAUAUGCAAUUUCUAUCAUUCUUAGCU